GACCGCCCCCGGGACCACCCGGUAUCGUUAGCAAUUGUUUCGUACUUCUGGGGGGGGUCGACCGUGGUCAGAGCCGUCGGGGGUGGUUCACUGCCUGCCUCUUGCUACUAGUUAUUGAUCAGUUCUGAAAAAAACACGGGCUGAAGAGUUGAAAUCAUGGGGACACCGGGCAAGGCGAACCGGGGUGGCAAGAAGAUGCAUUCACCUGGUCCAAAGUGCGUGCGACUAUCUGCGGUGGCUUUAGUCUUGUCCUGGGCGGGGUUGUUGUUUUAUGUACUGCGGCCGGCAUCAUCCGAUGGGCCUUCGGGCCAUAGUUUGAUGUCAAGCGCCAAGAUGGAUCACCUUGGACUCAGCAAUGGUAAAGAGAUCACGGCUUUCGUCGGGCAGUUCGAUUCAGCUGCAGAGUAUACUUUUUCAAAGCCUCUUGGAGCAUUCGACCAAGGAGAAAGCGGCUUGCCCCAGCCCAAAGACGACCCGGAAGAGAACUUGGAUGUUCAGAUGCAGCAUACUGUUCUCAUGGAGCGGGAUGGAUUCGCCAUGGAGUUAGAUGAGCAAACGAACCUGCAGGUACCCAUGUUUUGGGAACCCCCCGCAGGCUCGGACCAGUUGGACCAUGUGGACAUGAUUGACGGGCAGCCAACUAUCUUCCUUAUGAUCGCGAGUUAUAGGGACUGGCAGUGUCGGGAUACGGCUACAUCCGCGCUCCAGCGAGCGACGUUUCCUGGGCGUGUUGUUGUGGCCGCAGUACAGCAAAAUCGACCGGGUGAUGUUGGGUGCGGAGAUCCACCAAAGCCGUGCAGCGAGGAGCCAUCGCAGCCACUUUGUGCUCGGGCCAAACAGGUCAAAGUGUAUGCUAUGGAUGCCAAUGAGGUGACUGGCAAUGUCUUAAUCUCUCUUUUACUUCGAAGUGAGUCUUGUUGUGCUCAGUCCUGGAUACAUGCAAAAGCAAACACCAGUGCGAUAUUCGCAUCGACUAAUUCCCUGGAAGAAUGGACCUCGUUCCUGUUUGCGACGGGACCUGUGUAUGCGCGGCAUGUGGGUUAUCGCAUGUACCGAGGUGAGGCGUUCGCUCUGCAGGUGGAUGCGCAUUGCGUAUUCGUAAACGGCUGGGACGAGAGUAUCAUCGAACAAUGGCGCCUGACACGAAAUGAAAUGGCAGUCCUUUCUACAUACCUCACUGACCUGAAGGGCUCCGUAUCCACGGAGGGUGACUCUCUGCGAAAGACUCGACCAAUCAUGUGCAACUCAGACUUUGAGGGUCAGCCAGGAAUCUUCGCCAUGGGUCACAGCCUGAAUCGGGGCUGGACUCACGGAUACGACAUGUACGCGCCCCAGGCAAGUGUUUUAUUUCACGAGUAUGCGCAGAUGUCAAGCCGCCGGAGAAACGUGCCCAAAUUUUGGGAGAGUGGCAGUGCUAGACGCGGUGACGGUCAGCGCAGUCUGAAAAGACUCACAUCUCUGAUCCAUAUGAACCCACCGGGAAUGGACAAUGACUGGGAUCGCACAAAAAUGGGGCUCUACGGUCUCGGGACCGAGCGACCUGUUGAGCUUUUUUACAAGCUAACACUCGUUGAUGUUUCGAAGCGCUCUGCUGUCCCCAUCUGUCGUUUCGUCGACACAGGUGAGAUGCACAAACAGAUUCAUAACGUGUAUCUUCGGCCAAAUGGACGCGGUAUUGACUAUUCUGGUGCCGUCCGCGAUCUGGAUGUGAUGCAGAUAGUUGAUGAGCGUCUCUUCAACCCUGCUAUCAAUCAACUGAAGCGUGGGCUUGAGAAACAGGACCACAAUAUAAUGAAAAAUGCUGUUGCGGAAGCCCAGCGUUGUAAACUCGAAAAACAUCACCCGCAGUAUAAGGAACUCAUUGCUCGAGUACGAAGUGAGCUUGCAACGAAACAAGGGGCCUAG